AUGAUGAAUACGAAUUCCAAUAAUUCCGACAGUACUGCAAACACUGAAUCUCUUCUGGCGGACGCACAGGCGCAGCUGGCUGCAAUUUCGUCGAAGCUGUCUACCAGACUCGCUGGCUCGCGCGCAGUAGUGGAUCGGCUGAAAGAUGAAUUUUCCGAAAUCGACCUCAAGCGCGAAGAUGACGUUUAUAUGGAGGAGAUGAAGGAUUACGAUUAUACCUGCAGAAUUAAGCCACUAGAAUUACCAGAAAUAGACCUCUCGAUAUUGGACGAGCCGGGCCCUUACGACAAGCCCAAGCGAAAGAGCACCUUCAACCCCGAACUGGCUGACAGCCUCAAUCCAAACAAGGCGGCCGAAGUCGAGCAAGAAAUGGGCAGGGCCAAGGAUGGACUCAAGAAAGUUGGAUCGCCCGAUUUGAAAAAGAAAUUCGCGGAGAGCAAUUCUAGUGCGCCUGCUUUUGCGAUGCCAGUUUUGCGAAAAACCAGCCGAAAACUCAACUAG